AUGAAAGCCACUUACUUCUUAGGCUUCGUCUCAGCAUGGCGGGCGGCAGCUCAGCUUACUGGUGCGGUCGGACCAACCACAAGUUUGAGCCAGAAAACAACAGAGUGUAAUAUCCUGAACUACGGAGCAGUUAACGAUAACUCCACAGACGCCGCUGAUGCCGUAGAGAAAGCUUUCAAGACAUGCGUCCUACCUCACGCGGGAAGCCGGCUCAUUGUCCCUGAUGGCCAGUACCUGAUCAAGCGCACGGUGAUUCUGUCGAAUGGAACCAAUUGGGCUUUUCAACUCGACGGUCUCAUUACCCUGGCGUACGGUGGCAACUGGACUGUUGAUCGUGAGUUGAUCUUGCAAGGCUUCGCUGGAGUUGGGCCGCUGAACGCAACCAUCAACGGCGAAGGCGAUGGCCAAUUUCUGCAGAACGGCAUCACAAUCAUCAAUCCCGUCGACUUCGAGUUUUACUCCAAGAAUGGGAAGGGUGCCAUUCAGGGUCAAGGCUACCUGUACAGAAACCUCGCCAACACUUUCCGUCCCCGACUGAUCCGCCUGAUUUCUCCCAUCAACACUGCAGUCCAUGAUCUUAUUCUGGUUGACAGUCCUAAGUUUCAUAUUGUCUUCGAUUUUGCUGUCAACCUUGAGGUUUACCACCUAACAAUCCGAGGCGCUAACCUUGGCUCAUAUGAUGGUGUCGACGUAGUGGGCACGAAUUACUGGAUCCACGACAUUGAGGUCACCAACCGAGACGAGUGCGUUUCCGUCAAGAGCCCUUCUAACCAUGCUUUGGUAGAGAAUUUGGUCUGCAACCAAGCAGGAUCUGGAAUCUCUAUCGGCAGUUUGAAUGUCUCUGCUUCCAUCGCCAACAUCGGAAACAACAUCGCAUUCAUCAAGACAUACCCUGGAGGCUCAGGGUAUGUCACAAACGUGACAUUCGAAAACUUUCGCUCCAAGGCAUCUCUCUAUGGGUUGGACGUCAACCAAUACUGGCAAAACACAUUUGAGCCAGAUACCGGUGCUGUUGCUCUGAGCAAUCUCGUCUUCCGCAACUUCUCCGGCUCCGUCGCCGAUGGUGCUAAGCGGCCACCUUUGUAUCUGAUCGCUAAUGACCUGACAUAUGCUACAAAUGUUACUGUGGAGAAAUUCAGUCUCUGGACAGAGUCUGGUACUAGCGUCGUCAAUAAAAUUAGCAACAUCUUUGGCGCCGGAGAUAACUCUUAUGGGACGGGCAACGGUAUCAAAUCACUUGCAGCUAAGGCGUCACCUGCACCCUACACCAGUACCUAUACUAUCACGGCAUCACCGACAGGUUGGACGGCCCCUCCGUCGCCAACUUGGGCCUUGCCAAAUACCGGAUAUGGAACCGACGUCCCCAUUCCGGUCUAUACUCCGGCACCGCUUUGGAAGCCCGAAGGCGAUUAUGACAAGCAUUAUUGGGGGUCGUUCUGA